AUGGCCAACGCUAAUCACUGCUUCCUUUCACUGUGCGUUCUCCUCGUCCUCAGCACCACGACAGCGACGGCCGCGGCAGCGGCACCGCACCGGCGGCUCCAGACGUUGCCUAGGUUGGACGACGACGACCCCAGGGGACCACUGAUUGUGCCGCCGACGGCGGCGUCCUGCUGGAAAUCCACCCUGGCGUCGGAGAGCUGCGUGGACGACGUCCUCCAGUCGCUGGCCGCGCGCCAGGUGCGCAUCAGCAAGGCCUGCUGCUCGGUGCUGGAGAGGAUCGGCGACAGGUGCGUCGCUGCCGCCUUCUCCAGCUUCCCGUUCAAGUGUUCAACCCAACGUACCCGCACCUCGUCAAGAACGUCUGCGGACUCACCGCGUUUGGCUGAGGAGAGGUCACGAAAACGGCAUGGUGGCGACGCCCGGCCGGCCUGUACCCUGUAG